UCUGCUGAAAGUGGCAAGGCGACUCGCCCUAAAACGGAACAUCUCUUCUUUCUUUUUAAAAUCUGGUUUCUGGUAUCAUGCGACACCUUUCCAAAGCACUGAAAAUCUGUCAGAAAGAAGCGUCAACGAGUUACUGCUGAAUCAUUGGACGCACAUUGCUUUACAGCCAUAGAUUCUAGAGCGCUCUGCUCAUCUAUCAACAUUUCACCAUGGCGACAGUAGUCAUGGAGCAGAUUGGUCGUCUGUUCAUCAAUGCACAGCAACUCCGACAAAUCCCUCAGUUCCUGGAGUCGGCCUUCCCCACACUGCCAUGCACCGUGACACUGAACGACGUGCCCUGGGUGUUCCGUGAACCGGACAUCUUCACCGGUUACCGGCUGCCCGACCAGAGCUGGCGCUACUACUUCCUGUCCCUGUUCCAGCGCCACAAUGAGACGGUGAACGUGUGGACGCACCUUCUGGCUGCUCUGGUCGUCCUCGUCAAGUUCCAGGAGCUGUCCGAAUCGGUGGACUUCCUGCGCGACCCGCACGCGCUGCCAAUGUUUGUUGUGCUGCUCGCCGCCUUCACCUACCUGACCUUCAGCGCCGUGGCGCACCUGCUCUCCGCCAAGUCCGAGCUCUCGCACUACACCUUCUACUUCCUGGACUAUGUGGGCGUGGCCACCUACCAGUAUGGCAGUGCGCUGGUGCACUUCUACUACGUCAUCGAGGAGGCAUGGCAUCGGCGCGUGUGCGGCGUCUUCCUGCCCGCGUCCGCCUUCCUGGCGUGGCUCUCGUGCGCCGGCUGCUGCUACGGCAAGUACGCCAGCCCACGGCUGCCCAAAUUCGCCCACAAGCUCUUCCAGGUGGUACCCUCGGGCCUGGCCUACUGCCUGGACAUCAGUCCCGUGUUCCACCGCAUCUACAGCUGUUACCAGCAGGGCUGCUCGGACGCGGCCGUCUCCCUCCACCGCUACCAGGUGGCCUUCUUCCUGGUCAGCGCCUACUUCUUCUCGUACCCGCACCCCGAGCGCUGGCUGCGCGGCCGCUGCGACUUCAUCGGCCAGGGCCACCAGAUCUUCCACGUGUGCCUGGUGCUGUGCACGCUGGUGCAGAUCGAGGCCGUGCGGCUGGACUACCUGGAGCGCCGGCCGCUGUACGAGCGCCUGCACACCAGCGACGUGGCGCACGAUGCCGUGGCGAUGUUCAUCUUCAUGGUGUGCUGCAGCGCACUGACCGCCUUUUAUGUGCGGAAGCAAGUAUGUGCACAGCUACAGGAGAAGGAAGACUAAAGGCAGGGGUGGAGGGUACACAACUGGAGGGACAACAAUAUUGCCCGUAUGGUUAAAAACAAACAAACAAACAAACUUGAAAAUGGUGGCAUUUCUGUUAUAAAGUACUAACCUUUUUGUGAAUUUUGUUGUUUCAUAAUUUUAUUUGGUCGUGUUCUGUGGCUUGCCAAAAAUGCAUCUUGAUUCAGCUACUGUGUGUUGUGUGUGAACUAACAUUUUAUGGGUUUAACUAAUACACCAUACGUUACCAUGUAUUGACCGAUAUUGUAAUAACCCAGUCAUAGCCUCAUGCAGAGGAUGUCAAGCCCAGACAGUGCUACCUGUGCUGUAUAUCUGUGUGUUUCCUUCUACAAGACCCUCUACAGGUGUGUGGGAUAUGGCUGAGCGUUGAGAAUCCCAAUGGCGGUCUGUGGGAGUUUGUGUGCUUUCGUCUAACACUGCCGUGAAUGGUCUCUAUUACAAAGCCACUCAUUUUUGGAGGGUUUUGUAAGUGGUCAGAUUGCAGCAGUUAGAGAUCUACUAGUCAUGUUCACACAGGCUUGCCAAAGUCAGUCACAAAAAGUGAACCUGUAAUUUUUCCACUUUUGCACCAUCCUCAAAAAUGUCACCGACAAAUAGGCUUUUUAGGUGCAUUUUUUAUAAGAAAGUUAGAAUGGAGUUAUUUGUUUUGCUGAGAAAGCCUUCUAAUAGUUGUACCAAAUUACUUUUUGACCAUUCUUAAUGCUUGAUGUGCAUGAUUUUGUUACAGUUCCUCAUGAAUAAUAUGUUUAUUUUAUGUAAAGAAAGUAGAUUUACCUCAUAUAUUAUUCAGAUACAUAUACACAUAUUGAUUGUUAUAUGAAAUAUUAUGUUUGUACACAAAAUAUAGGCUAUGUGUCACAUCAGUUGACCUAAGAACAGGGAUGAUGUGAUGUGAUAUAAUGAUGUCAUUGUCAUUGUAAUUCAAGUUGUUUAAGCAAAUCAUAUUCAGUAUGUCCAUGCCAGACAAGUUAUUCAAGUGUUGGUAUGUGUUUGGAUUUAGUGAUGCUCAUCUUUCCUCUAGCUUACUAUACAAUGGCCUGUCCCCAAAGGGCUACAGAUUUUGGCCUCUGCCUUUUGAUGUUCCAACGCCUCUGUGUCACUGACGUCCCUCGAGUUGUCUGGUACAGCUACUCUCACCUGGUCUGUCUGAGCAUGGUGAUGUCUCAUGUGGUCGCCUCUGCUACUCUGACCUGGUCUGUCUGAGCCUGACUGCGUAUUACGUGGUUGCCUCUGCUACUUUGACCUGGUCUGUCUGAGCAUGGUGAUGUCUCAUGUGAUCGCCUGUCUGGGCACAUGCAUGUGUUUGUGUGUUUGUUUCUGUAUGAAUGUUUUGAGUGUCUUAUGCCAAUUGUUAUUAUUAUUAUUAUUAUUAUUAUUAUUGUGACAUCUUUGAAAUAUGUCAUAUUUUGUAUCACAUGAGCAUAAAAGCUCACAAGUAGAUGGAAAAGGCCAGUUCCGCUGACUGCCUUUUUAACCUGUGUUCUUUGAGAGCUGGAUAGCGUCAUUUCAUGGUAUCAGCCUCUGGUUCCAACUGGGCUAAGAGGUGCUCUCUAAGUAAGAUGUUGAAUAUAGGCCCCUUCUCCUUUUGUGAUCGUCUGUGUUGCGUUUGUGCACGUGGAUGAUGUUAAUGUCUUUUGAAAGGUAUUUUAUCUGCAGUAGGCAUAGACCUCCUCACUUCCAAUGCACCACUCCUCUGUGAUGGUUAUAUGCAGCCUUUAAUGCAUAUUCAGCCGAGGUUUAGGGGACCCUCUAGCAUGUCCUAUUAGCGAUGAAGAAGGCAUUGAUGGAUAGCUGAUGCAUUAUAGUAUCAUUAUGCUUGUUAGAGGAGAUUGAGGUCUGUAUCUGUGAUAUGGAUCUUAGGAGCAUGCUGCUUGGUUUGUGGGCGCUGCAGGGUUGUAAAACUCCAAUGACGAAGCCAUUGACGCACAAGCUGAUUGGCUGAGUGGCUGAUGAUGUCACUGACCGGGCUGUGGGCCUGGGGAGGGAAUGAUCUGCACUGAUGAUGUCACUGACUGAGGUUAUGUCAUUAAAAAUGAUGUCAUUGACUGUCUUGCACUGAUUACGUUACAAAUGAAUGUGGGGUUCUCAUGCAAUGAUGUCACCAAUAACUGUAUUUAUUUGGUGAAAAAUCAGUUGUAAAUUGAACAAUCACAGGAGCUGCAUAAAUCAGACAGAGGUUGUGUCUGCUCCCUUACUGGCCCUGGGCUGAUAUAGGAUGCCCCAGCUCCAGACUACAUCUUAGGUACCAUUGUAUCAUCAUCGGGGAAAAACUCUCAUACUAAUUUAGUUGAAUGUGGUACCAGAAGAGAAUGGUAUGAUUAAUUUUGAUAGCACCAAAUGUUAUAGGGAGGGCUGUCACUAUGUUGACUGCUUUAUCUUCUCCAAUAUGAACUGUAAUUUGAGCCACUAACACAUUGAUACUGUAAUAUAGUAGCAACCACCUGAAACACAUCAAAAGGUUAAGUGCUGUGAAAUGCAUUGUUAACAAGUUUUGGUGAACAUUAAGAGUGUUGUCUUUGUACUGUGGUGUAAUGAAGAGUGUGUGCUAGAGAUACUUUUUUUGUUGGUCUCUGGCCCACUUCUGGGGAGUGUGUGGGGGAGCCUAGAAGAAUUUGCAUGAGGAGAACUGAAUGCAGUGUCACGACAGGCGGAAAAGAACAAAAAGGAAGGAAAGAAAGAGAGAGGAGGACUCUGUCUCCCAACAAAUCUCUGAAAGCGUUUGACAAGAUCGGUUUGGAUACCCUCGCUCUCUUCUGUCAUCAUUAACACCUUGUGGCCACAUACUCUGCUGGCUGCCGGACUGGCCCGUGACAUCACAUAACACUGGCGUGCGAGAAUGCCAGUGGUCAGCCGUGGAACAUCAUCAGCAUUGCCGUGUUACUCUCUUCAGCUCUCCAUAAUGCCACUGGCCAGCUCGCCACACCCCUGGAGCAGAGUCCUCCGGCGAGGGAAAAGAUGCCUUUUGUCUACAGGAGCAUAACAAUAUGUUUGGACAUGUUGAUUUGUACUACUACCUAAAUAAAUAAACACACUGAUAUUCUGAGUG